AUCUAGCGAUAUCAUUAUGUAUGUUUGUGGUCUGAUCAGUUCAAGCAGAGUUUAUGCGACUUUUUAUUAAAUUUAAAAUGAAAAUGCCGUGUGAGUGAACGCGAGAAGCGCGUGCCCGGGCGUGCAGGUCCUCGGGCGCUUCUGUGAACGCGACACACCUCGCGUCUCGUCGUUCGCGGGCACCGUGUGAACGGCUUCCUCGCGCAGGAACGCGGGAGGCGGAGGCAUAACCGUACGCCUGAGGUCUUCCAGCGUUUCCUAACUGAGCUCCUCAGACGCCUUCAACAUCCACAGAUCCUCACAAACCCGCGCCGAGUUCCGGCACUCGCUCACUAAACGAAAGACUUUUGCGCUUUUUUAAAACGCAUUUUUGAAUGAAUCGCACCGUUUCUAAACGAAACGUCUUAUUUUCUCUUUAUCGACUUAACGCUUUGUUGUUCGAUACCAUAUACAGUCAUAGGCGCUAUUUUUAAGUGCCCUUGGCGAGAGCGUGCUUGAAGCGACUGUCUUUUGAGAACUUAAUUUUAGCUGUUAUAUACACGAGGAGCUUAGAGUGUGCUCUACGGUUGUGUUUGUCGAGUUGUUUUUUCUUGUUAGGCGAUUUAGACGGAACUGUACUUUUGUUCGGCCAUUAACAAGGUUUCGUUUUCUCACGAAGAGGCAGAAAUUUCUUCGCGCAACUUUUCACGGUCAAUGAAACGAACCGCGAGAUAAAACCGGUCAGUUGUAGUAUUUUCUCAGGUCUGUCUUUUGCGCCGCGUGUUGAUCCGGGUUUUUAAGGAUGUCCGUUCGCGACGUUGCCUCGAGAAGUUCGGGAAAGCUGCUCUUCUUUGGGUUUUUGCUCCUGGUCCGGUCGGUCUUGUGUCAUGGGUUCGCUGAGGAGUUCAAAUCUGGCUCUUUUGAUUUCGGCUCUAUUAUUCUGGAGCCUCUGGACGGGUUGAGAAAAUACCUGGAGUCUAUUGUUGGCACCCAUGCGAUUGAGAUUUGCCUUGAGAAUGCCGUGUUGUACCUUGACUCGGUGUUCGGUCCGGAGAACAUCUAUUCCGUUGCAAUGUUUGUCGAAAUGUUGCUGGAGUUUGUUGCUGAAGGAGCUGCCAGUGGACUGAACGUCAUUGCUGUAUACGUGUCUGAGAUUCUCAGAGCUACUGGAGUCAAUGAGUCGAUAUCAGUGCCUCACUUCACCCCAGAGGGCGUCUCUGCUGUGACCAAGUGGGCUUUGCUGGCUCUCAUGGGUUACUGGCUGCUGUCCUUGCUGCUGCGCGUCACCAUGGGGCUCGUAAGGCGAGCGUUUUGGCUGAUUAAAGCGCUCGUGGUGCUGUGGCUGUUCGUACGGAUCGUCGCUGACCCCGCCGCCCCGACUGAAGUCACUACAGCGAGACUGGCUCUGCUGGUGCUCAUCUGUGCUGCGUUUAGGGUCGCCACGAGCAGCUGCGGGGGGGCGGGAGGCGGUCUGGAAAGCCGAAUCAGCAGACUGGAGGGACAAGUCAAAGGCCUGGAAAAGAAGAAAGCCCAGUAAACACAGUUCAAAAGAAACAUACAGACUCACGACGAGGACAUCUGAAGUGUUUUAUGCAGCUCACUACAACCUCAGGUCUAUUUAUAUCUGAUUUUUGCCAGUACUUUGUCGUUUUGAAAAUAUUGCAUAAUACUCCCAGUUUUACUAAAAUCUAAAGAAAGGAAAAAAAAACGUCAUCUUACUGUACAGUUCUGUGCAGAUAAUUUAAUGUGCUAGCAUUAAAGUUCCCUCGAUUGUUA